AUGAGAUGGGCAUUAAAUAUACUUAAAUUAAUAAUAAUAAUUUUUAUAGAGAUUCCAAAAUAUUAUGAAAAAUAUCCUUUUGUUUUAUGCAAUAUAAGUUAUAUGAGUAAUAAUAAGACAAAUGGAUAUAAUAAAGUGAAUAAAAACGGAUUUACAUUUUUGAAUGUAAUCAAUAAUAAUUAUUAUAAAAAUGCUUCAAAGUUGUAUAUGACUAAAAAAUUUAAAUAUAAAUAUAAGAAUUCGCUAGAAAAACGAAUAAGAAAAGGAAGAAUACGAAAUGAAAUAAAUCAAAAAUUAAAAAAAAAAAAUAGUGCAUACAUGGUUAUAACUGAAAAAUUAAGCAAAUUAGACCCAGAUCAAAUAUAUUUUAAAUAUGAUAAAAAUAUAUUAAAAGAAUAUGAAAAUAUAAAAGAUAUAUAUAAAAAUAAAAAACUAGGACGAAAGUUCAACUUGUUUGAUUAUUGGUAUUCAUCUAAUAAAAAGGAAGCAAAGUAUAAUUAUAGCAGGCAUGUUAAUUAUACUAUAACUGAAAAUAAAUUCAAUUUUAAAAAUGUAUUUUCUUAUUUUCACAUUUUAGAAGUAGUUCAUGAGCGGUUUAAAAACAACGCUUUUUAUAUAAAUGGUUUGCAAUCUUUUAUAAAUAAAUAUUAUGACCCGGUUACAGGAAAACGAGUUAAAUCGUAUGAUAGAUAUAAAGAAAGUCUAGAAAUGAUGAAGAACAAUGAUAAAGGAAAUGAAAAUGAUAAGAAACAUGAAAAAAAUAAUAUGCCCAUGAAUACUAUUAAGAAAGAUAGUAAAAAAAAUAAUGAAGAAAAACAAAGGAAUGAUGAAAUUAAAUCAAAAAAAGAUAUUUUUGAAAUGAUGAAAGAAAGCAUAAAUGAUUUUCAAUGUGAAAAUACAGUUAACGAAGAUUCUUCAUUUAAACUGUUUGGAUCAUCUACGAGUUGCCUUUUAAAAAAAAAUGCGCCUAUAGCAUAUGACAUUAAAAAUCCAUUUAUGAAAUCAAAAUUAUCAUCAAAGAGGAGGAGAUUUAAAGAAAGAAAACUUUUUGAUAUAAUUAAUUUUAAGUGUAAAAAUAGGCAAGAGCGCUUGAUGCAAACCGCGGUAAGAAAACUUGCCAAAAAGAAACUCAAAAACGAAAAAUAUAUAUUGGACGGUAUGACGCCUGCAUAA